ACGGGGUGUGUGUGGGGGGAAGGGCAAGAUACCUGAGCCACACCUGAAGGGGCCACACCUGAGUCCUGACCGCAGAGAGAGAGGAGGAGGAGGAGGCAGACACAAACACCACUACUACUGCGGGCAGACACAAGUGGGAUUAUCGGUCGCUUUCCAUCGCCUUUGUCUCGCGGACACACCGAGACACGGUCGGAGACACGGUCACGCAGAGACACGGUCGGAGACACGGUCGGAGACACGGUUACGCAGAGACACGGUCACACACACACAUACGGUCACACACACACAGAGGCACGGUCACGCAGAGACACGGUCAGAGACACGGUCAGAGACACGGUCGCACACACAUACGGUCACACACACAGAGACACGUUCACACACAGACGGACACACACACAGAGACACGGUCACACACACACGCAGACGGACACACAGACACGUAGACGCAUCGCACAAAGAGACAAAGGCGAGACGCUCCUGCGCAUCGCCACCUCGUCCGUGAGACUCCACCAUGGCUGCUGCUGCUGGUGGUUCUCGAGGAUGGAGCCACGGCACCGUCAUCAUCUGCGCCUCUAUCUGGGUGGCGUUCGUGUUCGCGUCCUGCGCGGCAGAUGCGGUGCAGGUGGAUUCCCUCAAACGAGUGAAGAGGCUUUGGCAGGCGCCGACUCCGCAGGCCAAAGAGAACGCCCCGAAACCCUACCCCAUCUACGUGACCACGUACGUCUCCGACAAGCUCCAGUUCUAUCCGCUCACCUACCGGCUGGAGGGCCCAGGGGCCAGCCAGGAACCCAGGGGCCUUUUCACCAUCGACAACGACGGCAAAGUCUGGGUCACCUCCGUCCUUGACCGCGAGACGCAGUCUCGCUACACGAUGACGGUGCACGCGAUGGAUCGCUCCAUGAGCGAUGUGGAGGAACCGGCCAACCUCGUGGUGGACGUUGAGGACGAGAACGACUGCGCCCCCAUCUUCGUCCUGUCGUCCCUGAGCGGCACUGUCGACGAGAUGGGCCCCGCGGGCACGUUCGUGAUGCGUCUGAACGCGACGGACGCGGACGACCCCAACACGCUGAACGCGAUGGUUGUGUACUCCAUCGAGUCCCAACCGCCGGGAAACCCAUUCCUCGUGAACGCCCAAACGGGGGUGAUCACCACUCAGUUGGCCAACCUGGACCGAGAGCUGCAAGAGACGGUGACGUUCGUGGUGAAGGCCAGCGACCUGCAGGGAGCGCCGCUUUGCCUCUCCACCACAGCCACGGCCACCGUCCGCCUCAACGACAUCAACGACAACUGGCCCGUCUUCGAUGCCACCAUGGUUGCAGGGAAGGUGGCGGAGAACAAGCGAGACGUGACAGUGGCCGGGCUCUCCGUGAAGGACCGGGACCAGACGGGUUCGCCCAACUGGCGCGCCGUCUACCGCAUCGUGGCCGGCGACGAGCUGGGCCAGUUCGCCGUGCGCUCUGUGUCGGACACCAACGGCGGAGCCGUCACGGUGGUCAAGCCGCUGGACUUCGAGGUGAAGGAGCGCUACACGCUCCUCGUCGCCGUGGCCAACGAGGUGCCGUUCGUGGGGCCCUCCUCGGAGACGGAGCGCACGGCCACCGUGGAGAUCAGCGUGACCAACGAGGACGAGCCGCCGGCCUUCACGCCCAACCCCAAGGAAAUCUACAUCGAGGAGCAGAACGCGCCGGGAAAGCAGCUGGACAAGCUUGUGGCGCGCGACCCGGACUUGGCCCAGCAGGGGCUGCCCCUCAGGUACCAGAUCGCGAGCGACCCGGCGCACUGGGUGAGCGUGGAGCCAGUGACGGGCGUCCUCACCGCCACGGCAAGCAUGGACCGCGAGUCGCCCUUCGUCAAGAACAGCACCUACACCGUGACCGUGCUCGCCAUCCAGGACGGCAGCCCGCCCAGCACGGGCACGUCCACCGUGAACAUCUACCUGAAGGACGUGAACGACAACAUGCCGGUGGUGUCGGUGCCGGGCAGCGCCCACGCCUGCCUCCCCGAGGACACGUCCUCGUCCACAGCGCCGGUGGUGCUCCGGGCGACCGACGCCGACGCAAGUCCCAACGGCGCUCCCUUCACCUUCGAGCUGCUCAACGACCCCGCGGGCACCGUGGACCGCUGGAACCUGCGGAAGAACGGAACCGACUCGGCGCUGCUCGCCCUCAAGACGGCCAUGCUGCCGCCGGGCUACUACAACCUGUCGGUGCUGGUGCGCGACCAGCAGGGCCUGGGCGAGCCGCGGCGCGUGCCGGUUCGCGUGUGCCGCUGCGGGGGCCUCCUGCAGGGCUCGGCCUGCUCCGGCGACUCGGUCGGCGGCAUCGGCCUGGGCUGGGACGCCCUCGCCGCCAUCCUCUUCUCCGUGUUCGCGAUGCUGCUGUUCGGGCUGCUGUGCUGCCUCUUCUGCCGCUCCCAGAAGCCCCGGCUGCUACACCUGGAUGACUUCGGCGGCAUGAACGCCGGCCUCAGCUCCCUGGUCAAAUACAACGAGGAAGGCGGCAAGGAGCACGACAAGGUGGUGCCGAUGUUCACGGAGGCCGACGUGGAGGCGACGGCUCCCGGGGUCCACAAGGGCCGCCUGGAGUUCAUGGACGACGGCUCGGUCAAUGGGGACAGUGGUCACACCAACUCGGGCCGGUGGAGUAACAACGGCUGGGCUGAGACGACCGAGACGAUUACCACGACGAAGGUUAAACAACACGCGAGGAUGUAAAUAACUGAAAACGAAUGGAGGAAGGAGCGAGGGAGCGAGCGAGAGAGGAGCAUGGAGCGAGGAGCUGGGGGUGGCG